AUGUUUUGGUCUAAAACCUGUCGCGGUCGUGGACGAAGUUUGAUGCUAUCCGAUUUUUUAGUCUGUCAUCCAAGUGGUCCAUUUCUAACUCUUUCACAAACAGAAUUUGAGAAAGCUGUCCAAAAAUAUCCAUCUUUGAAAGAAGACCACGGUGUGAAUUAUAUUGAAAAUUCAGCCUCUACCAGUAUUCAGUUCGGUAUCGGAACGAAAUGUAAAAUCGGUCACCCUGAGUAUACAGAUGAAAAUGGUGAUUUGCAGCUGAUUCCCUGUCAUUUUGAAAAUGGUCCAAAUGUGGGAAAAACCAAAGGUUUAUUAGAACUGGCAAAAGAUCUAAAUGUCAACGUUCCAGCUGGAUGUUUAUUGCCAAAACUCCGAGAUUUGUUGAGCGUCCGGAUUUUAAAACAGUAA